AUGGCAACGAUUCCCAACUUCACCAACUUCAAUGCUUUUGAAGAUGCUGCCGACAAUUCGGGCAUGGGCGGCGGCAAGGUGCACGUUCGGGUACAACAACGGAACGGGCGCAAGUGUAUCUCGACUGUGCAAGGCCUCGCCGAUGACUUGGAUAUCAAGCGCAUAUUGAAGGCAUUCAAGAAGAACUUCAGUUGCAACGGUGCCAUCGUCAAGGACGAAGAGUCAGGCGAAGUCAUUCAGCUCUCCGGUGAUCAACGCACAAACGUCAAGGCGUUCCUAGUCGACCAAGAAAUCUGCACGGAAGCCCAGAUCCAACUUCACGGGUUCUAG